AUGGGCAUCCCUUUUCCAGCACAUCAGGAGAGGACAUGUGGUUAUUUCUCGUGGGCAUCACCGCUUGGGUCCUCCAGCAACGAGUUGGUCGGCAAGGCCUCGCACCGCACUUCACAGGACGAAACUGCACCCGACGACAUUUGCGUCCCCUCGCCAGAUAUGUCAUAUCGGUUUGGUACCAACGGUACGCAAAACACCAACAGCAUGGACACCGGCGUCAAUCAAGUCGGGUUGGACGACGAAAGUACCGGCUUCAUUCCCAUCAUGUUGGACGACAAAAGUACCGGCUUCAUUCCCAUCGGGUUGGAACAAGGACAAGCACGACAUCCUAGACUUCCCCCACAGCCCGGUCCCCCUCCGGCCCGGCCACUCCCUCCUGCUCCAACCUCACGGACAAGGAGGACGCCGAAGAAUGCUCAAAAUCCGGCCUCACAGGCACAGACGAUUCCAGGGGUUGCCGAGGGUCCGGUCACGGACGUUUUAACAACCGGGUUCUACCAAGUGAUGGGAGAUAUAAGUACCUGGACUGAGAUAUAUCAUUUUGCGGGACAAAAGGGAAUUGACGGCACUACGGGAGAGUACUACACCACACUGGUCGCAGCUUUGGAGGACGCCCUGGAGUCGGAAAACCUGAGCGAGGAACAGGAGAAUGAGGUGUUUGACUAUCUGGGUUGGCCAUUCUUCUGCGAGACUUGCAAGAAAGUCAAACACGCCUGUGAAUUCAGUUCAUGUUGUAGAGAAUUUUGGGACGAAAAACUUGGAGGGCUUGUUUUCCUACACGGUGAAUGCGGGCCUUGCGAGGACAAACGGUUGAGAGCUGCGCUAGAGUCUCGCGCCAAUACACGAAGCCGCGCUCGACCGACCCGUCGCAGGGCAUAA